UAAUAAUAAUAAUAAUAGCCCUUGCAACCUCCACUUCUUCUUCUCAAGUUGUCUAAAAAUUCUAAUCUUAUCUUCAAAUGGCUUCAUUUCACUUCUCCAUUCCCAAACUACACCCUUCCCAUAAUGCACCUUCAAUCUUCCCAUUCUACCCCUCCUCCUUCUCCAAACCCACCAAAAUUCCUUCCCAGAAUACCCCCGCCAGAGACCGCACCAUCGACUUCGGCAAGCACAAGGGCCGCAAACUCGGCUCCCUUCCAUCCAACUACCUUCUCUGGAUCUCCGGCAACCUCCGCGCCCGGGAUUUCCACCACUGGGCGAGGCUAGCCGACGAGGUCCUCGCCGACGAAGUCUACAAAGACCGGCUCGAGUGGGAGGCGGCACAGCGUGUGCUCACAGGCGAUGGCAGCGCCAGAUCCAAGCUUGAGAAUUCCGCCGCCGAGCUUCUCGAGAUCAGCCAACGCUUUGGGUGGGAUUACGAGGACCGCGACGCCUGGUCCCGCGUUGAUUUCGCCCUCCUUGGUACCUCCUCUGGCGGCCGGAUUCCCAGGAAAUCUAGCCCUAAAGAUGGGAUUUUGGGAGGUGAAUCUGAAUCCAUGGGGAAAGAGAGAAAAGUAGGGAUUUUUACAACAGGGAAAGAGGAGAAGGAGGAGGUUGAUAGGAGGGUGAUGAGGAGGGCGAGGAGAAGGAAAGAGAAGGAGAUGGAGAAGAGGAGUAGAGAAGAUGAAGACGUUGUGAAGAUGGAGAAGAAGGAUGGGAAUGCAGAGAAGGUGUUCGAUGUUUUUCCUGGGCGAAGAGGUUUGCUUCAAAAGAUUGAGAGAAUUAGAGGUUGGUCAUGAAUCAUGAUCGGAAGGUGUUUGUUGUUUUUCCUCAAUGAGAAAAUUAUUAUUUUUUAUUUUUUUAUUUUUUUAAAAAAGUGAGAAGCACCGGAAUUCAAAGA